GAACUUUAAAGGUUAUCUACCUUAACGAUCCGGUGACAAUUGAAUAACCUUAAAAAAUACGAACUUAAAUAAUUUAAGAAUAAUGGGUAAAGUUUUAUCAAUAAUAUCACGUCCCGUUAGAGAUUUUAAUAUCGAAAAUCGAGUACAUAAAGCCAUAUCUGUAGAUAAAUUAAAACCAGCUCCAAAGCAUGAUGCAACACUUAAAGAAAUAGAACGAAUUAAAUCAGAAUAUCCUGAAGCAGAAAAAAAAUUACAUGAAAAAAAUGAAGCAUUAGAUACUAGACUGAAAGACGUUUAUGUCAAAUCUUACGACCCCGAUCCAAUUAUUUACGAUACGCACGGUAAAAAAUCCAAAAUUUUACCUGUGGAUCGUUCUCAAGUAGAAGAUUUUGAAUAUGGUUAUAAAGAACCUGAAAUUGUCCCCAAAGGAAAGGUUACGUUACGACAAGUACUAAAAUUUAUUUCGGAUCAUGCAGAAGAUCCAAAAAAGAACGAUAUUAAUACUAUUUCAAAAACUUAUAAUCUUAGUGCAAAAACCACUGAAAACAUAUUAAAAUAUUUUCGUAUGUAUCAAGUAUAUAUACCAGAAGUUAAGAAAACUCAGGCAACAUUUGCAUUUCCCAAAGGAAUACGUAAUAAUUUAUUAGGUUCAAAGCCUAUAGAAAAGAAACCAGAAAGUUGAAUUAAAAUGAAUUUGAACUAAAAAAAAAUAGCACAUUU